CAAUAUCUCUCCUCCAACAUUUUCCCCUACUUUAAGCCCACCGUGUAUACAUCAUUACUGUAUUCUUGAAAUUCGCAACUUUGUUAGUCCCUAUGGGACAUGCUCAUGUCAUUCCUCACUCACCUCCACCUAUACCACGACAACAACCUACUUAUCGAAAAAAGCAACAGCAACAACAACAAAGACCGGUGUCAAUGGGAUCAGUGGUGAUCCCGCAGCAAAACUACUGCCAUGGUAACAGCGUUGCUGUCCAACAACAAACACCGAUGAUUCCACAACAACACUAUCAGCAACAACCGGUAUACCAAUACUACUAUCAGAUCCCCUUAGUUUCACAACCCCAGCCAUCAUCACCUCAUCAUCAUCGUAAUGUUCCGCCGUCACCACUUAAACCAACUAGCAACUUGGAUCACUUUCGACGGCGAUCUAUGAACGAAGUGCCAAGAAAAACUGCUUCUUUGGAUAUACUACCGUCGCAGCAUCGAAUGCCCUCUGCCGAGUACGUUUCACCUGGUUUGCACCAUCGAUCUUCAGCGGACAAUUUACCAAGAACUACAUCAUCCAUAUCACAUUGUCGCUUGUCUCCAUCUUCUAGGAUCGCAUCACAGCAGCAGCACCCUGGCUCUUAUUACAACAAGCAUCGCUACCACUGUCAGCCCAAUAUUACCGCUUUGACACGGAGCGCAUCCACAAUGACGGGUAAAUCCAUUUCUUCCUCCUUUAAUUGCGACCGGCCUAUAUCUGCCAACCCACGGCGACGUUCAGAAGAGCCGCCGGCGCGUGUUAGCGCAGGCCCUGCACGGAGGGUUACACCCUUCAAAAUGGAAUCUAUUGCUGAAGAGCGAAGGGACAUCAGUAGUCCAUCGUUGGAAGAUGAAGAGGAAAUACCUCUCGCCAUGCUCCACAACAAGCAAGAGCGUGCUAAUAUCGGCGAAUUUGUAGCCCCAAGAUCAGCAGCAGCAGCAACAACAACUAUGAAGCGACCAGAUAUUCAAUACACAAGUAUCGAAAUGACCAGUCGAUGCAACAGCUCCAGUACUGCAAGUAGUAGCCGGCCUUCUUUCAUCAGCAAUCACAGCAGCAGUGGCGAAAGUGCAGUUACUUCGAACUGCAGCAGCGUCCAUCAAACCAAAAAACGCACAUCUCCGCUCCUAUCGCCACCAUCAUCUCCAUUUUCGGAUACCACCACUGUUGCUGCUCAUGAUGACAUAAAUGAUACCGCACCAUCAUCAUCUUUAAAGCCGCAGCAACAACAAGGACGUAAACCCUCUAUGACUAAGCGCCUGUUUUCUUCUAUGCACCGAUUGUCCCGAGCAGUCUUGAUCUCCCCUGCAUCGUCCAGUAAUGUGAAGUCGGUUGAUAAGAAGCAAUAAUAGGGUAUUUCAAAUACUCCUCCUUCACUCUCCUCCCUCCCCCUUUUAAUAUCUUUUCAAUAGUAUGUAGCCACUAUCUAAGCUGGUUUUUUCUUUUUUCAGAGCGUAACGCAACAUCAUUUACUUGAUAUCAACAAGUAAAAUGUUUGCCUCCACAGCGCCAUGUAAUA